AUGCCUAGCACCUCUCUAGAUAUUCGACUUGCUGAACCUGUCGUAUUCCUGCGAGGCUCUGGAGAUGUUACUUCCAGGAGGCGCCAAGGGGUCCCCCCGGAUACAGCCCCUGCGAUGGUAAGAGGUAUCCUCACAUUAAAACUUGCCAAAGCGACGAAGAUACGGAGUAUUUCUAUAUCGCUCGAGGGAAAGGCAAAGACGGAGUGGCCCGAAGGUCAUGAAGAUGAUGCGGCUCCGACCAGCUCGGCUCGUAGGGCCAUGUCACUUGGCCCCGGAGUGGGGUUAGAUCACGAAGCGGAUGAUGAGGGAGCUAUAUCCGAUGAUGAAGAUGACGCAGACAACACCGAUGAGCCACGGCGCGCAAACAACCUAGACCAGGAGCAUAACGAGCAAACCUCCAUUUUGACACCUCCUUACACCCCUCGCACGGGCACACCUAGCGUGCCUGGAUCCCCUAGGCAGACGCUUCAGGAACUUCGAAGUGUGCUUCGUUCGGACUUGGCAAAUUCCCGCACUUCAGUUCCGUCAAGACCUCCGUCAAUCCAUGGUGCAUCUGGCUCCCAACCCAUACUACCUCGGCCCACUGCUCCUCAUGAAGUUUUGUCGGCUCCGGCAUCACACGUGCCCUCGACAAACGUGUCUUCCGAUGCGAGUGUCAAGUCGCUCCAUGAGAAUAUUUCAGAACACCCUAGCGAUGAAGAGGUGGGGGACCACCUACCCGUACUUAGGCGCCCUUCUCCUUCCCGUCGCGAAUCUUCUGCCUCAUUCUUGGGAGAAAACGAAGCCCAGCGAGCACAUGAUAAUCCUCAAAUUUCUCCCCCGCUUACCGAACGUCAACGUUCUGCGUCUCGCUCCACGGUUUCCCACCCUCCAGCCACACGGUCCAGUUCCCAUGUCCCUCACUCCCCACAUCACCCCCGGCCGAUACUUCAGACCUCCGGCUCAGUUUCGCUUCGCAAUACCGGUAGUCCUAGUCCUCACCCAUCGUCUCUUCACCCGACAUUCCACACUCAGACAGAAUCUCCAGGAGCUGAAGCCUCACCCGUAAGGGAUCGCGAUCGCUCCGAGUCCCGCGUGCGUGGUCGUCAGAAUACUAGGUUUAGCCUUGCAGCUGUUUCCAGCGUAUUGCACGAAAUUGGGCAUGAAAUUACCGAAAUCACAGACCGGGUGCGGAGUAAGUCACGGGCUAGCACUGGCCCUGGACCAUUUGGGCGUGGAGGAGCCGGGUCAGUAGGUCCUAGGGAACAUGAGCACGAGCAAAGGUUGAAGGAUCGAGCGGCUGAGCGUCAGCGUGAGAGGGAGACCGCGGUUUCAGGAAGAGACGAAACCCAGCGUGGCCGACAGAAAGAACGGACGGCUUUAGAGAAAAUAGGAGCGAGUUUGGGUUUGGACGUCGAUCCUAAUGUGGAAGCAGACAUGUGGCAGGAGUUCAAAAAGGUAUAUGCAGGGACCUACAACUAUCCCAUUUCCUUUGCAGUUCCCUCCAACACUCCCCCGUCUCUCAUUGCGAUUUCGGCUCAAUUUCUUACCGUCUCAAAGCUGUUGUUCACCGAACAGGAACUUUUCUGCCCUGGGGAAGAUGACACAGAAGAGCGAGAGAAUGUUGUUAUCGAGAGGCAGUGGGACGAACAACUAAGGUACUUUAUUACCAUUUCUGGGAAAAGUUUCCCCAUUGGAGGAACGGUACCCAUUACUCUGGUAAUGAUGCCUUUGGCCAAGGUGAAGAUAUACCGGCUUACAGUUAUGUUAGAGGGUGGGUCUAAUGCGCAAUCUAACGAGGCUCAUACUGAACCCAGGCGGCUUACAGAGAAAAUUGAUUAUUAUGCUCAUGGGCGGCGGGUGGCGCGUCAUGACCCAACUCGACGAUAUGAACUCUUAUCACUCAAAUACCCCAACCUCAAACACGACAAAGGCGUUCGACUGCCAUUGCUACCCAUACUUGACGAUUCUAAUAAUGCGAUAUCCCACUCACCGUUGGUCGGCCUUAUCGAGGGUCAGGAUGCAGAUGAAAUUGCAACUAAUUUAUUAAACCCUAAUGGCCCUUGGACUAUUCAAAAUUUACUGGAUCUGUACAUCAGCUGCGAGCGAAUCUACCCACAUGUUCUAGCCCUGUUCAUUUCACGUGCAAACAUACCAAGUAAUAUUAUUAUUUCCCAUUGGAUCAAGAUCAUGAUUCGUGUUGAACGAGGAGAUGACCCCCAGAUGGACAAGGGGAAGCGGAAACAAUUCGACAUCAUUGUCGAAACGCCGGUGCAUAUACUUUCGUGUAAGUGUAACCCAGACUACACGGCCCUUCCAGCAUAUAGUCUACCAUCGCUUCCGGUACAAAAGAUAGGUACUUCAGUAGGCGGGUGUCUCUGCAAUCACGUAAAAGCCGAACAGCAGAAUCGGUUGCAAAUCGCAGCUCCCUCUGGAAUUCCUACCCAAUCACCGAUUUCGGGUUUGGGGUAUAGCGCCUUCAACGUUCCACCGGCUGACUUUAUCCAUCCAUCACCGCGGCGUGCACAAGUCUCCAACCCGAAUACAGUCGCACCGGAUAGGAUUAUGGGCGGAAUGGCUGUCGAGGCCGCUAUCGGGCAUAAUGCAAGUGGACUCAGCGAGCGACCUCAAGUCACUAGGGCACACGACUCGGACGAACGUAUCACUACUCUCGUGGAUCGUAGUUUACAAUUUGAGAGGCUGGUCAGUGGAGAGGAGGGUGUGAGCGGAGAUAUGCCUCCUGCAUAUACGGAUACUGUAGAUGGUGCUCAUCAUGGAGAGGAACGGGGAAGGGUUAUGUUUAGCGAAGUCACAGCCAGCCGGCAGGGGAGUCGGAGUAGACCGGGGAGUAGAAGCCGAGCAGGUAGCAGGAGUCGGCCGGGGAGCCGACCUGCUAGCCGACCAGUCAGCAGAGCCACGAGCAUGGUGUGGACUUGA